UUUCUGUUUGUUUCAGAUGUACAAAGGAGAAAACAGAAGAUGGAAGGAAGUCCAGGGGAAGAGUGGACAUUGAAGAGAUCAUAUGAUGUCAAUACUUCUCCAAAACAGUUUUGGGCUGCCAUAGAUAUUUAUGUUGAACGAUCUCAUAUUGUCAACAGAAGGCUUAUUGGAUGUCAGAUACUUGGAAAAUUCCCUAUAGCAAAUGAGCAGCAGUCGGAGACCGUUAAAAAUUUGCUUUUAAACCAUAAAAAUAAAGAUUUUAAAGAGCUUAUAGAAAGGGAGGAAAGUGCUUUCAAAGGAAAUUCACAUACAUUUGGAAUUGCUAUUGUUAAAAAAGUACUGUCAAAACUAAACAGUUCUCAUCACAGUAUAGAAAUUGUCUUGAAAGAUUAUACCAGGAACUUUGUGAGUUUCUUCAACAAGCAGGCAGACACUGGUGUUGUCCCACAUUUUCCGUAUGCCUUUUCCUAUGGGGAGGGCAGGCUCUGCCUGUGGGUAGGAAGAGGUUUCCAGGAUUCAGAUCCUAGCUACCAGUGGAUCUUGACCAAGCUCGUGCCCAAAUUGAUAAAGUGGAUGGAGGAUGAAGCGAACCGAUCAGAUAACCAGGUCACUACAUCUCUUCGCUUGGUUUCUGUUUCCGACUACGGUGUUCUUUACAAUAAGCUGAAGGCAACUUAUGGUAAACAGCUUGUUGAGGUAAAUAAAGUUGUAUUGUCACUGACAAGUUGUAUAAUCUAUAGUAAAAUAAAAUGAAAAAUGCCUUUAUUA